AUGAGUGUCCUUAAUCACAUUUCUCUGGUAAGCUCAAGUUUUCUUCUUCUGCUAACGCAAUGGUCAAGCAGCUGGCCAGUAGAUCCAACCCUUGGCUUCACAAGUCUUCCAUUAAACACAUCAAACUUCCACAUCCACAAGCCAUAUAACUUGCCGGUAAGAAAUAGAUACAGUUUCAAACAUGGAGUGCACAAGAUGUGGGUCUACUUUAAGGACAAGCCCCUCUCUCGAAAUAGCACUACAUAUCCGCGAACAGAGAUCCGAAUUAGGGGGUACGACUAUUCUUCAGGUGUAUGGCAAUUCGAAGGAUACGGAUAUGUACCGUGUGGAACAGCCAAUGUAACCAUAAUGCAAGUGUUUGGGGCAAGCCCUCAUGCAACCACUCUAAUGCUUAUAGUUGGUUCAAAUGGAUCCCUAACAUACUAUAGGACUGAUGUCCUGGAUCCUUACAUCUACGACAGAUGGUUCAGAGUUAAUGUAAUCCACGACGUCUACGCCUCGCAUUUGAAGGUUUAUAUCGAUGGAGUUCUCAAGUUUGAGGCUCCCGGUCGCGGAGGAAAGUUUCAUUAUUUCAAAUGCGGCGUCUACUCUCAGCCCGAUGGUUCCUACUACAUGGAGUCUCGUUGGAAGGGGAUCAAGGUGCUCAGAAAAUGUGACUAA